AUGACCCAAACCCUCCAAGACCACAUAACCUCCCUCCACACUCUAAGCCUCGCUGAUACAAUAAAAGCAAUAACAACCGUAACCCCAGGCCUCAAAACAAGCAUCCAACCCAAAUACGGCUACUUCGUCACACACAGCGACUACGACGGCAUCGCCGACCUAGAAGACCUAGGCCGACUAUGGCUGAAAGCCGGGCGGGACUGCUUCGACGAACACGCAGCCCUAGAAUUACGACUACUCCACUAUCAACAGACAGAUAUCUUCGACAAGCUCUACGUUGAUCUCGACAAAAGGCUCGAAGCCGGAUUGAAAGAUGGGUCUAUUGCGCCGCCAGUGAGAGAUCCUGAUGCGGGAUGUUCGUGUUGUGCGGGUGUGCCGAGUUCGGUUAUACUUUGUGGGUUUGCGGAGGGGGAGGCUUUCCAUUUUACGCCUGAGGAGUAUGAAGGUUUUUGGGUGGAGCAGGAGAAUUCUGGAUCGAGGUAUAGAGAUGGGGUUUGUAUGUCUGUUAUGGCGAGUCUGAAGCAGGUUGAGGAGGCUUUGGCAAGGACUUCUGGUGUUGAGGUUGUGAGUAUGCUUUAA